CCUCCGCCGCCGCCGCCUCCUCGGAGAGCGCAAACGCCUGAGGCCAGUUUGGGGGAUGUGAGAGCCGAAGCCCCUCGACUGCCAGGCACCGAGGCGGGUCGGGAUUCGCCAGCCGGGCUCCAGUCCUGCCAGCUCGCGCCGCACCGGAGCGACCCAGGCCCGACGGCGGCCGCCGCACGCCCAGCUUCAGCUUCGCUGCGCGCCCAGAAGAUGAAUCCGGCCUCGGCUCCCCCUCCGCUCCCGCCGCCCGGGCAGCAAGUGAUCCACGUCACGCAGGACCUAGACACGGACCUCGAAGCCCUCUUCAACUCGGUCAUGAACCCCAAGCCCAGCUCGUGGCGGAAGAAGAUCCUGCCGGAGUCGUUCUUCAAGGAGCCCGACUCCGGCUCGCAUUCGCGCCAGUCCAGCACCGACUCCUCUGGGGGCCACCCGGGGCCCCGGCUGGCCGGCGGCGCCCAGCACGUCCGCUCGCACUCGUCGCCCGCGUCCCUGCAGCUGGGCCCGGGCGCGGGCGCAGCGGUCAGCGCGGCGCAGCAGCACGCGCACCUCCGCCAGCAGUCCUACGACGUGACCGACGAGCUGCCGCUGCCCCCGGGCUGGGAGAUGACCUUCACGGCCACUGGCCAGAGGUACUUCCUCAAUCACAUAGAAAAAAUCACGACAUGGCAAGAUCCUCGGAAGGUGAUGAAUCAGCCCUUGAAUCAUAUGAGCCUCCACCCUGCUGCCAGCUCCACACCGGUGCCGCAGAGGCCCAUGGUGGUGUCCCAGCCGAACCUCGUGAUGAAUCACCAGCACCAGCAGCAGAUGGCGCCCAGCACCCUGAGCCAGCAGAACCACGCUACUCAGAACCCACCAGCCGGGCUCCUGAGCAUGCCCAAUGCCCUGACCACUCAACAGCAGCAACAGCAGAAGCUUCGGCUGCAGAGGAUCCAGAUGGAGAGAGAGAGGAUUCGAAUGCGCCAAGAGGAGCUCAUGAGGCAGGAAGCCGCGCUUUGCAGACAGCUCCCCAUGGAAGCCGAGACUCUGGCCACGGUGCAGGCUGCUGUCAACCCCCCGGCCAUGACCCAGGACAUGAGGCCCAUCACUAAUAAUAGCUCAGAUCCUUUCCUCAAUGGGGGACCGUAUCACUCGCGGGAGCAGAGCACCGACAGCGGCCUGGGGCUCGGGUGCUACAGCGUCCCCACGACCCCGGAGGACUUCCUCAGCAACGUGGAUGAGAUGGACACAGGAGAAAGCGCAGGGCAGACACCCAUGAGCAUCAAUCCUCAGCAGACCCGUUUCCCUGACUUUCUGGACUGUCUUCCGGGCACCAACGUGGACCUCGGAACCCUGGAGUCUGAGGACCUGAUCCCCCUCUUCAGUGACGUGGAGUCGGCUCUGAACAAGAGCGAGCCCUUCCUCACCUGGCUGUAGUCGCUGGCACCGUGCCGUGCGUGCAGCUGUGACCUGCCAUUUCCCGGCCUCGGGAAGAGCCACGGAGCCGGGCAGGUCUGCGGGUGAACCGCUUUCCGCCUCCACGACUCUUGCUCCCUCCUUUCCACGUGGCCAGUGUAAUCAUUGCCUGGAUUGGAUUGACAGUAACUUAAGUUAGACGCAAAUAAAUAUGCGAUUUUCAUUUUCUGCAGCCUGCAUUCCUGUGGUGGGUUAUGCAGAGUUGCUUCCCCGUCUUUUUCUCUGCGGCCCCGUGACUAAGCUUCAUGGCUGUUAGUUGAAAUUUAUACAGCAAUUGAUUAUAAACCAUAAAGAGAUGACCACAGGCCGCGACUUCUGACAGGUGGCUCGGUCCAGGAAAUGUACACAAAAUUAGACCUGAUUUACAGUUUCGAAAACUGAAUUGAUGACAAUAGUACCAAAUGCUUUAAGUAUGUAACCUGAGCUUUAAAGAAAAAAUCAUUGAAUGGAUAGUAAAAUUCUGCUGUAUGGGAUACAACGUAGUGUUGACUCCAUGCUGGUUCUGAUGAUUCUUGCUACUUUGUAUUUACGAGGGCACACAUGGUCCUCUUGUGGUGUACCCUCCAUCACCUUACAACACCGCCUCCGGACAACCAGUCUUACCAGCGGGAGAGAGGACGCAGUGUUGGUCACCACCCCUGCACUGCAGACCUAAUGACAGAGACCCGUUUGGUACUAAUUAUGAGCAUUUAUUAAACAAAACAUUUUAAAAUUGCAAGUUGGAUGUUUUAAAAAAUUACUGCCCAGAAUUUGAUGUUCAUUUUAUGAAGCACUCUGAUUUUGUAGCUGAUGACAAAGGGCAGCCAAAUGUUUUUGAUAGAUCGGUGGUGACUGUGUUUUUGUCUUUUGAAACUGUUCCGAAAUCAUUAGGACACUCAGCUUGCAACCUGAUGGCACACACAGCAAGCCGUUGCUUUUAAAAUCCUGAAGCUUUGUCCGUUUUGCUUUUAAGAUUUCAAGCGUUUAAACGAGUCUUAUCUAUGAAGCUGUUAAGGAUGAAGCAGAUCUCUGACUGACAUUUUAGAAAAUGCCCUCUUGAGGGUACAUGGUGGAGACAUGUUUCUGAAUUCAGUAAAAUUGAUUCCUAAGUAUCUUAUCCUAACCCUGUUUGCUACAGUUGGUAUAAAACGGCAUGAAAUAUGUACUCAAUACCUCUUAUGUAACCAAAACAUGUUGUUGUUUUUUUUUAUUAGCUUUUAAGGACUGAGAGAGCACCAGGUUCGCCUGGCAAGCACUCUGUCUGCAUUGCCAAUGAAGUCCUCAACUGUUUAAUGUUCUCGACUGACAUUAUUUAUAAUCUAUGAAUUUAAUAUCUUUUUAAAAAGACAAUAAUUCAGGUCUCUGGGAGGAACCUUUCAAUCGCCAAGGGGGCUUUUGUUCGGGAUCUCGCAUAAGAUCCUUUCGACCUGUCAGAACACAGACGGGCCAAAUGCAGUUGAUCUUGUUGGAAAGCGGGCACGUGAAAAGGGCAGAGAUGAAGUAGGUUAUGGAAUAUAGGGGCAAGGAUGCCAGUUGUGGAGUGGAAAUAGACAAGUUAGAGUAACCCACGCGUAAGACAAGCAGGAGGUGUGAGCAGUGCCCCCCAAAACCAAAAUGACAAUUUUCGACUGCAACCUUUAUACCCAAAGACUGUUGUCAAAGAAAAGAAGGCUUCCGUGCACUUUAUGUGGAGGGGGAGGGGCGGGGAUGCUGGGGCACAGGCCGGCAGGGCGGAAGCCCAUCACUUCCAACAGGAUGAAGUGAUUUCUUUUUCCUGAAGGACCCGGGGUUUAUGUUCCUCUGACUUCUUUUCUCUCCAAGUGCUCUGAGGGAGAUGGGGUGACGUUGAUGUAGCUACUAAAUUGAAGGGAGCACUACUUUUUCUCUUAUGUUAGCAAUAAUUGCAAAAAAGAGUUGUACAUUCUAAGAAAUGAAACAGAACAAGGGACCUAACAAAACUGAGCAGUGUUACUGUAUUUUUUAAAAUAUUUUUAUAGCCUCAUUUUCAGGUGAUUAAGUGUAAAAGAAACAGAUACCCCUCUUUUUUCUAAAGUAGUUAAAACAUCGAUGAUUUGUAUUAUCAAUUUCUAGAAGUAAUUUCCUAGUAAGCUUGUGGCAUUAGAAAACACUAGAAGUUUUUUUUUUUUUUAGUGAAAUUAGUUGAAACAUUUAUUAAUAAACAUAACAAAUAUUUUUCCAGAAUUAAAUAUGGACCCUGAUUAUGUGUUUACUAAUAGAUAAAGCCAGAUAUAAUUUUUGUGUUUGUUUUUAAGGCCAUAAAAUAUGGCUUUUGUUAAAGAACACUAAAGCUAGAAAUGUUCGGAAGAACAGCUUUUCAAAGGCUAUUUCCUAUUAUUGUGAGUGUUAAAACCCCUGCAGAAUCAUGAUAAGGUGCUAUUUAUACUGUUUUUCUUACUAGAAAACAGCUGUCAGGAUAUCUAGUCUUUUAGUCCUUCAUCGAUCAAUCAAUUCCAGCAUUUCAUUCAAUAGUUUUGCUAUAGCAAAGGCAUAUUCUAAUUGAAAUGGAAAAGUAACUUCAGAGAUCUUUCUACGUAUAUAUUUUUCCUGAUUAAACACAUUUUUCUUGAAGUAAAUACAUUGUUAAAACCUAUUUGCAACUGUAGUCAAUCUAAGUAAGUCGUUGUUAGUGUUUGUUUAGGAUGUGAAAUGCCAUCUCUUUCACUGACUGUACAAGAUACGAGAAGCAUGUAGAACAGGAAACAGGUCGGUGUGCUGGGGGGGUGUUCCCAGUGGGGCAGGAGAGCUCUGUGAGAGGUGAUCCGAAGUGUUGCCAAUUAUGAAUUGUGUUCUCACGACGUAAUUCGGAAGUCACUUCUGAGAGUACAACUUCUAUGGGGGGAAAAAGCUGUUUAAAAGAAAUUGUAGAUUAAUUUAAUUGGGAAAAUGGAUGGCCGACAGAGACCGUUUCCCUAACACACUACAUCAUGUAUGUGCUAGUACUUUAACUUUUUAAAAAAAUUUACUUCUACAUUUUGUAAUGUGACAUAUGGUGUUUAUUUUUAAUUCAGAAUGCCCUGCGUGCGGAACGUAUGCAGCCCAGUCAGAUCAAACCGUUUUAC